AUGUCUCAGCAACAGCCCGUGCAGCUGCCAGCGCUCGCGCAUCCCAUCGGCCAGUUCAGCCACACGGUCUCGACCGGGACCGAGACCAUGAUUCUGCAGGAAAAGGUGCUCUCGCUGUCCGGCGACAGCUUCGACGUCAAGACGAUUGACGGGCGGCCGCUGUUCAAGGUGCAGGGGCGGCACGCGACGCUCUCCGGGCGCAAGUCCGUGUCGGACGUGGCGACCGGUACCCACCUGUAUGACAUUGUCAAGGAGCAUUUCCACCUGCACGCGACGUAUGUGGCCGAGACGCCCGACAAGCGGAAGUUUCUCGAGAUUAAAAGCUCCAUGAAGUACGACAAAGUGUUUGGAUCGAAAGCGACAGCCACGUUUACGGCGCCCGACGGCCGCACGUUCGUCAUGGCGAUGCGCGGCAACUGGCGGGAUUCCAAGGCGGACAUUGUCCUCGGCGAGGAUGCCAGCCAAGGACCGGUGGUGGCCCGCAUUGACCGGCAGUUCUUCAACAAGAGGGAAUUCUUCGGGGGCCAGCAGACGUACGCGGUCACGGUGGCGCCGGGCAUGGACCUGGCGCUGGCCGUGGCGCUGUGUAUUGCGCUCGACGAGAAGAAUAACGAAAAGUAA